GCAGGCGGACGGAGGUCAGGGAGCUGAUCGCGGCUUGGUGUAAUCAAAUGGCACAAAUGCAAGGAUCGGCUUGAUGACAGUGAUUAUCGUCAAAGCACGCCAAUGCAGUUUCCGAUCAUCGGUAUAAUGACACUGCUGCUGCAACACAUGAUGGUCAAUUGUAUUUGGGAAGCCUUGCUUGCGAUACACAUGUGCAUGGUCGUCAGCAGUGCCACAUGUACCCGAAUUGUCGAAGUCGUGAUGCACCAGGAGCCGACUUGCCCAGAUCGAGUUGCAAGAGAACACGAUCAUCCAUGCAGGUACUGCUUUCAAUUAGACGUACAUCCUUUGUUGUCGCUGAUUGUAGUCCCGAAGAGGCUUGGCAUGCAGUAAGCAAAGUCUUGACGUGUGAGGCCCAUAAAACAAUAUUGUCUAUACCCCUGCAGAUUUGACGGUUGAAAGGUUUGCUCUGUCUUGCUUCACCCGACAGCUGGGAUUGCUAACGAGUUUGUGCCGAUCAGUCACGCCCUCGUGGCGUGAUCGAGAACUAC